UGCAGCGCGGAGGCCAGGACUGCGCAACGGUGGUUAACGGACAUGUUUACGCGCGUCCACACCACGUGUGAAAUCCCGGUGAGCACUGUAUUCGGGCCAUGCGAACUGCAACACACGUCCGCUUACGACAGCAUCGCUUUCAUAGCUCUCAAAUCUAUGGACAGGCGAACGUCGCCUUAUAUCAUAAAGCAAGUGCACACUUCCAUGCGCGCGAACGGUCUGGUGUGGCUGCGCCUCGUCCAGUCGGCCCGGUGUCCCGUGGAGCAAAACCUGGAAGCGUACUUGAAGAACGGCCAGCUGUUCUAUCGAGCCCUGAGGAGGAUAGAGAAAGAUGAGGAAUUGCUUGUCUGGUACAGCAAGGACCUAGCCAAGCUGCUACUCCUUCAUCCACUUCUGGUGCAAAGAAAAGGUGCCCCUCCAUACAUCUGCCCCCACUGCAGCCAGAGCUUUGACUCCAAGUUCCCCUUCCUGGCCCACCGAAGGUUCCUGUGCAGCCAGCGAAUGACAUCCAACAGCCCUCAUCAACACAGCUCACCUAGCCAAGAAGACUUUGUCAAUCGUGCUCCAAAAGACUAUACUUCCCAUGCAGUGAAGCCUGAGUCCUCAUCCUCCCUUAAGGGGAGAACUCUGGAUAGCAAACCUGGAACGGAUUUCCACAACCUGGCGAGGGACAUGGAGAGGAAGGCUGACUCCACAGUGGCUCAGAGUAGGAACCUGAAAAGGAAACACUGUAAGGUAGAGGAGGAUGAGAUCCACUGUGACCUGCCGCAGCCAAUGGUAGGAGAACCACUGACCAUAAGAAAACAUUAUGCUGCAAGCAUGAGCAGACAAAGCUCAUUUAUUCACCAACCUAUCAAAGCCUUGGACACUUUGUCAGAGAGCAGGAGUGCCUUCUCCCAGCCUCCACACCCAGCCCCAGCUUCUUUCUUCCCCCAGGCCCCCCUGUUGUUGGUUAGAACAGACCCCAAUAGCACAUCCCUUUGGUCCAAGGCCCCACGGUUUUUCCUUCAGACCCAGGCCCAGCCCCAUGCCAAGGCCCUCCUUCCCCAGACCCAGGCCCUCCACACCCAGGCACAGGCCCUUCCCACCCCUCAUGUUCUCCUCUCUCCGUCCCUUUCCCCCCUCCGGCUGCAGGGUCAGAACUGGUGCGCCAGAUGCAGCCUGUCCUUCCGACUCACCUCCGACCUGGUUGCCCACAUGAGGACUGUCCACCACCACCAGAGGGUGUUUUCAGCCAGGUCUGGAGUGGACAGAAUCCCCAGGGGGGAUAAGCGCCACAGCUGCCCCAUUUGCAGGGAAGUGUUCAAGCAGCGCCACCACCUGGCAAGACACCUGGUUGCACAUACCUGAAUGUUUUUUUGAAAAGUGUCAUUGCAUACUAGUUCUGUAUUAGACAGUAGAGUACAGUAAAAAAAUGUUUCAUUAGUUUUGUAAGAAACAUGGAUGUUUUCAUAUAAUUAAUCAUAAUAAUUUUAUAUUUUUCUUAUAAAAUAAAGCAGAGUAGUAUUGUACUGUAUUACUUUUCUGUUCAGUAAAGUUCCUGCAUUUCUUUGGUGUCUACUGGAUAUGCAA